UCUGGCGCCACAAUAAACUACAAUCCCCAGGACUCCCUAGCACUGAACCAGGGCAGCUAAAGCAGUCUCAAACUGGAUUAUUUCUGCAGUGUGCUUUGGAGACAAGCCCGUAACCCACUGCACAUACAGUAGCAGUGGCAUUACAAACUGACCUUUUUUUAAAAAAUGCUGUCUCUAUAUAUAUCCAUAAAAAUGCCAAAGAGUUGGACUGAGGACCUGCUCUGGCUCCAGCUGCUAAAAGUUUGGAAAGAGCUUUUUAAAACCAUCUCCUUUGUCUGGCCUGGGAAAAGGAUAAAGAUGGCAGAGGUCAGCAUUUGAGAGAAUCCCAUAUACAAAUUAAUAUUUCAGCAUUUCCAAUGGACUAGCUAGCCUCUUUUCUGCAGCUGUCAUGUCCACUUGGGAAGACUCAAGGAUUUUAUGUGGGUGAUAAAACAGAGGGCAUUGCAGAUUGGGCCAACUAAGAGGAAGAAUGAUGUUUUUCAGGCUGAAGCCAACCUCCAGGAGUAACUGCAGCAUCACCUGCUGGGAAAGCCAAGACUGGGCAAGAGCAACUACUCUCCUCAACGAAGAAGAAAGCAUGGCCUUCUCUGGCAAAUAUGAAGUGGAAAGCGAAGAAAACUAUGAUAGCUUUAUGAAGCGCAUUGGUCUUCCUGCUGAUGUAAUUGAAAAAGGAAGAAAUUUCAAGAUCGUUACUGAGAUAAUGCAGAAUGGAGAUGAAUUCACUUGGUCCCAAAUUUACCCAGGUGGGAAGUCUAUGGUUAACAAAUUUGUCAUUGGCAAGGAAUCAGAAAUGGAGACACUGGCUGGAAAAAAAUUCAAGGCAACAGUUAAAAUGGAAGGUGGAAAAGUGGUUGCUGACUUCCCUAAUUAUCAUCAUACUGCAGAGAUCACUGGGGGCAAACUUGUGGAGAUUUCUACAGUUGGUGAUGUAACUUUCAAGAGAAUCAGCAAGAAGCUGGCAUAAGAAGAUACUGGUGAAGGGAUAAGCCCAUUCCUUAGACUUACAGGAACAUGAGAAAUAAAAAUAAAAUGACAUAAAGU